UGCAGUCCCAGGGGAGGGAGGCAGAGAGCUGGGAACACAGAAACUCCAAACCACGGUCUUCCUCCAGGGAGUUGAUCUGGAAGGAAAGCUCUUCCACGACUUUGGCUGAAUUUUUCAAGUUCACUCCGCAACUGAGAGUCUCUUUUUUCCUUCUGGGAUUUGUUGCUGGUUUUAGAAUGAUAGCAGCUUGCCUGGGUUUACUGCUGGAUUGCUGCUGAUGUUCCAGACUUCGCUUUCUUUCUUACUUCCUACACUUACAGCUCAUAAUUUUGUGUGCUGUAGUGAGAGAAGAAAUUUCUAUUUCAAGGGAAUUUUCAGAAAUACUUUUGGAUUCUUCCUAAAACUCUUUAGAUUAUAUCUGGAAAGUUCAUUUUUAGCCAUGCCUGGCCCCAGGAGCUUUCAGGCGGUUGUAUAUUUCUCCCUUUGAUCCUCUUGGAUUCCCUUUCAGGUGGAGAAAUUCCUCUAGCAUCUGCCUGCCUAGGGCAUGUGUAUACUUUUUUUCCCCCACCCGGCAAAGUAACAGACUGGUUAAAAAAGACAAUUUUUAUUAAGCUCUUGAGACUUGUUUUUGUCCAGGAUUUAUAGAAACAUUUCCAUCUGUUUCAACCCCUGUGGAUUGCUGCAGGCAGACUGCUCAACAGGUUUGCAGACUGAUUUUUUAAAAUCCCUUUUUCCUGAAGAAUGAACAGUGUAACCGAUAUGUUUUAGUUGCAGAAUUUCCUUCCAUUCUCUGCAGUUAUGAAGACUCCUUUUUUUUGGUGGAACUUUGGAUAGUCCAUGGAACUCUAUUUCUUAGAACUAGUAGUUUGUGUUAAAGAUUGUAUUAACAUGUGCUUGAAAGCAGUGAUAACUGAUUGCAAGUGUGAAUAGGACUAAUAGGAACCAAAAAACGGCAUAUUUGUACCUUUUUCUUUGGAACCUAUACCUAAACUUUGAGUGUUUGGAGACUUUGACUUUUACUUUUUAGGAAUUUGAAAGCAUCUUGAGAAGUCUUUCAUUCCAUUAAUCAACAAUAAGAACUGGUAAUCACAGGCUUUAUAGCUUAAUAGAUUCAAAAGGCAAGUUACUGGAGGGUCCCUAUUUUUUUAUGCCAGACCAAGAGAAUUAAUCUUGAUUCUCAAGCUGAAGUGAGUGAAGCAUUUCUGACAGGAAAGGGAAUGGCAAAAAUCAAAUAGAAUUGGAGGAGAACAACACAGUAGGAAACUUUCACCCCUUUCUUUUUAUUUAAAUUAAACUUUAAAGCUACUGCUAUAGUAGCUGAAGGGAGAGAGCCCCUUUAGUAUUAUUGUUUAAUAUGUGGAAUUGAUGGAGGACACUGAUAACUAUAAUUAAUGCUAAAUCAAAACAGAUUGUGCUUUUGUGAAUGGGACAUGUGGGAAAGACAGCUUUGUGGAGAGAAGGCCAAGUGUCUUCCCCAGACAUCUGAGAUGGAGGGGUUCAACCUGUUAAUCCUCCCAGAACUAAAGCAGGAGAGAUAAGGGUGCUUUUUCCAUGGAGGACUCUGUCCCUAUUAUUGGACCUGGCGGGACUGAAGAUGUCUUAAUGCUAUAUGGCAUUCCUCUAGGUUCAGGCUGGUUUCUUGUCUAAUGGCCACUUGUUCCAUCUGUAUUGAUUUUUCUGGAUUUAUCCUCUGCAGGAUGAGAAACACUGAUUGAAAGUUUUUGGUGGGUUGGAAUUGUUUUGUUUUGUGUUUUUUCUUUUGGCAAUUUUUCAUUAAAGCCCCAGAGGCCUACGAGCACAUGGCAUCAAGGAAAAGAUGAUGGUGAGAAACAGAAGAGGAGUCUACUAAAGAACGCUGGGAGAAAGAAGCUGCAGAUAACUGAGCCCCUUUCCCUCCUUCUCAUCUGCCCUACUGACUGAAAUCAAGCAGGAGCUCUAAGCUCAACCAGCUUUGCCUGCUGUUGGAAAACUGCUGGCAGAGUGAGGACUCAUUCCUGAGCGGUAUGUGUGGUCAAAGUGCACUGCUGCAGCUGGUAGCAUGAGUGCUGGCCCCCAGCUGCAGCUGGCUGUCCUCUGGCCUUGGCUGCUAAUGGCCACCCUUCAGGUAGGACUUGGUCAUACAGGGCUGGCAGUCGCCGCAGCAGUGGAGUCAGAGAGAUCAGCAGCUCAGAAGGCAAUCAUUAGGGUGAUCCCCUUAAAAGUGGAACCAAUCACAUUGGAAGGAGUGUUUGCUAAUGUUGCUGAGGUUACUCCAGCUGAAGGAAAACUGCUGCAGUUCCACCCGUUGUCCUUGUGUAACACCAGUGAGGACGAGCACACAGAGUCAGGAUUCAUCACGAUUGUCAAGCUGGAACGACCAGAUCGCGAUCUCCACCCAUGCCUAUCGCUGGCCAACAAGGCAAAGCUGGCAGGAGAACGGGGAGCUCGUGCCAUCCUCUUUGACAUCACGGAUGAUAAAACUGCUGCUGAUCAGCUGAGGAAGCCCAGGGGCCUCAGUCAGCCUGUGGUUCUGAUCUGGGGUCAUGACGCUGAACUACUGAUGGGCGUUGUGAACAAGAACAGAGAGGCCCAUGUGAAGAUAGAGGUCAAGGAGCCACCAGCUUGGCCGGACUAUGAUGUGUGGAUCCUCCUUACAGUGGUGAGCACUGUCAUUGUCAUCGUUUUGAUUUUUGUCAUUCGCACCAAGUGUCAUUUCAACAGGACUCAGGAUUCCUUGCAGCAGCAGACCAUGCAGGCGAUCAGCCAGCUAGCCACACGUACAUAUCCAGUCCGGUGCCAACGGGCCCCUCUGUGGGAUUCAGCAAGCAGCUGCAGCUCAGCCCCAAUGUGUGCUAUCUGUCUGGAGGAGUUCAGUGAGGGUCAGGAGCUGCGCAUCAUUUCCUGUUCCCAUGAGUUCCACCGAGAGUGUGUUGACCCCUGGCUGCAGCAGCACCACACCUGUCCACUCUGCAUGUUCAACAUCCUCGACAGGACCCCACUUGCUCAGCCCAUGCAUUCCAGCCAGAACCCCCAGGACCUGGAGCUUGGACAGCGCCUCCACCUCUUCCAGCAGCAUCCAGGACAUGCCCUUUAUCACUUCUCACAUGUCUAUGGCCAGAGCCCCAGAAGCUUUUCCUCACAUAUUCCCCGUGGCAACCCCUUCUUCCAUUCCCCAGAGCUCUCCCAGCUGGAUUUUAACACCGUGCACUACAUGCCAUACAGGCCAGCAGGCCCUAUGCCCACAUGCAGACAUCAGCCCCCACUGGCCCAAAGUCUUCUCAUUCAGCAGCACCGCAAGCCUCCAGCAUGUGGGCAGACAUUGUCUUCUCACAUGACUUGUCCCCUUCAGCACCAGUCCUCUUGUCUGGGGAUCAGGACUUCCCUCACACCAAAGCAGCACCAUGCUACUGCUCUUCGUUGGGCAGCCAGUCAUGGGAGGCAGCAAAACAGCAGUGGCUCAGGAGAGAGCUACCUCACUGAGCACAGUGGCUAUCUGGCAGAUGGUCCAGGCAGUGACUCCAGCUCGGGGCCCUGUCAUGGUUCCUCCAGUGACUCCAUGUUGAACUGCACAGAUGUCAGCCUCCAGGGCAUCCAUGGCAGCUGUUCUACCUUCCGCAGCUCUCUGAGCAGUGACUAUGACCCUUUAGUGUAUUGCAGCUCUGAAGGACCAACCACUGACUAUGGCCAGGACCAGCCCCUGCCUUCAAGAGAGCCAAGGCCAAGGUCUUUGGACUUUAUGGUGACUGGCAGUGCUGCCCUGCCCCAGCCUCAGAUACUUAGCCAUAUCCAUUAUCACCACCACAGACACCAUCACUACAGGAAAGGCCUGGAAUGUCCAUCUGGGAGACCAGGCCAGGACUCUGGCCAGCGCAAGUCCAGAUAUUCUGGGGCCAAAAUGGGCUUGCACAGUGCUCAGAUACAAAAGAAGGCUGAGAAAGUUCGUCACUGCCCGCAGCAUCUUGAAAGGAUCUCUUUACCUCAGGAUGCACUUCUUUCAGGACAGCCUUCCUGUCUGCAGCAAAGACAUGACCCCUCAAAAACCCCUUCCUUGUCUGCAGACCAGUCUGACUUCAGCAAGGUGGCCGUCAGACCAGUUGGAGCAGCUGGUUCAUUCCCUUUCCAGCUGUCCCAGAAAUACAGCUUACAAAGUCGUCAUCACAGAAGGAAAAAGAAGGGCCACCUGGAGCCUUCCCUGGCUCACCUUCCAGAGGACUCAGACAUGCACAAAGCCUGUAAUGUUCACAUUCACUAUGGUCAACCCUCUGGCUAUAGCUGCUCCCAAGAAGUUCAGCCACUCAUGUCAAGUGGCCCUUUGCCCUAUUCCUCAGGCUCUCAGGUGGUUUGGAAGUGCCUAGUCCCACACUCAAACUCAGAACCCCAGCAGCAGAGACAAGGACUAUCAGAACAGGAGACCAAGCCCAUAUUUCCAGGUGAUUUCUCAGGGACAGGCACAACAGAAGACAACACAGGUCCCUACCUUCACUGCCAAACUCUGCAACAUAACCAGGGAUCUGAAGAGGGGAUCCAAGACAUGUAUGAACAUUCAGUUUAAUAACAGAUGAACUCACUUGCCUACUACAGAGAGCCAGAGAAGACAAAGACAUGCAGAACAGCAACAAGAAGUGGAAUCCUUCAAGAUCAGUGGCACACUGUCUGUUUCUCUAAGCAGGGAGCAUCAUUACUAGUCCCACCCUGCUUGCCCCACAUUGAUAAGCAAACUAUGCUUAUAAUUUACAUGGUACCUGGUCUUGGCCUCUGCCCUACACAAUGCCACAUUUUGUGGUCACAAAAACACCAGUCAAUAUUUCCAUGUCCCCUUCUUCUUCCUAGCUAACACACACUCAUUCAAAAGCAUGCUCUGUGCAUGGACUUAGAUGCGUAGAGCCAUGUCUGGUGUGCAUGAGCUGGAAAGUAUUCCAGGUGGUGUAAGCAGGAAGUGUUGCAUGGCCACACCUCUGGAGGGCUUAGAAGUUUGGCUAAAUGUUUGGAAAACAGACAAACAUGCAAGACCAAAGGCUGCAGAAAUAAUAUGUAGCCAGGUAGCUCCUGUCUUCUGCAUUUCCUCAUUUAGGUCAGUCACACCAGCCUAUUUCAUUUAACUCCUUACACUCUUAUUUCCCAAACAUAAGCACAAACAUAAUUCUGUUCCAUUUCUACACUACAGGAGCUCUCUGAGGUCCUUACCUUGCUUCAGGUCCAGUAGAAAUUAAGGAUCCUUUCCACUUAGCAACUCACUGCCCUUUAGCUAGAGUCAUCAGGUGACCUCCUAUGCUUUGCCUGCACUAGGAUCCUAAUGAAGGAAGAGUGAGAAGGAUCUGGAGGAUUUGGGCAGCAUUUUCACAAGUUGAAGAGCUAAUCCUUUCACUGCUUCUCAGAAUCUAUCUUCUCACCUGGGAAUAUGAACACAAAUUCCUCAUCCCUCCCACCUAUUGCAAAAGUAAAUGUUAAAGGGUAGCACUGUGACCAUACCUGCCUAAAUCAGGCAUAAUGCAGGUGUCAAAGCUAAGAAGCACCUGUCUUGAGAGUUGCAGGAAAAUCCAUGAGGUGGCAUGGCUCCUUCUCCCAUUCUUCAGUAUGGUAAUCAUCAUCACCAAAUGCCACAGUAAGAAGUACUUGGACAUUUCCUGUGAAGCCUCUGCAGCAGUAAAUGCCAGGCAGAGGCCCACUUGCUAAUACUGUUGUAGUUUUGCAGGUUUUGAAAAGUAGCCAGCUCAUGCCCUUUUCCAGCCUAUUUAUAAUGAAGACAGGAGGUCUGAGAAGUUUUGUUUAAUUCCUGUUUGUAUUUUAUUUUGGAGACAGCAGGAGUUUUUAUUCCCCCAGUUUAAUAAUACAAGGACAUUCCAUGAACUAUAAAGGUGAGAAAUUUAAAACUGAUCAAACAAAAUAGUUUUUCAUAAAACACGGGAUUAGCAGGAGAACUCCUUGCCACAGAGUCAUUCAGGCCAAGAGAUUAGCCAGAUUCAAAGAGGGGUUGGACAGGUAUGUGGCAAACAGGAAUAUCCAGAGUUUACAGAGUUAAUGCUCAUGAGCUUUAGGAAAAGAUGGUAUAUCUCCUGCCAUGGGUCUAAAGCCAAUUUCCACCUGUUAAAAAUCAGGAUGGGAGUCAGUGGGCAGAGGGAGCAUGGGGAGGCAUUACCCUGUCUACUACUGUAGGGUUUUUAGUACCUUGCUGUGAAGUAUCUGGUGUUCGUCACUGUCCAACACAGGACACGGGACUGUAUGAGCUUUGGAUCUAAUCCAGUCUUCCCUGAACCCAUUCCUGGUUUUGAUAUAACAUUUUUGCAGGGAAGGAUGGGUAUUCUCUGCACAAUUUACUGUGAACUCUUAACACUUUAGUCUUUAAGAAAGGCUUCUUUUCCCCCAGGUGUCAGUCACUGAAAUCAAGCAGCUGGUA